AUGGCAAGUGUAGCUGCUAAGCUGGCCAAAGAUUGGGCCACAGCCUCAGGGGUUGGGGCCAAUGAGACCCCAAGAAAAUACCUAAACCAAUACUUUGAAGAGCUGAGGGCGCAGUGCUUGGCCUCCAAGACUUUAUUUAGAGACCCCACAUUUCCUGCUGCUCAGUCAUCUCUUGGAAUCAAUGACCUGGGUCCCAAAUCCGAGGAUGUCCAGGGAAUUGUCUGGAAAAGACCCUUGGAAAUAGAACCCAAUCCCCAGUUCAUUAAUGAAGGGGCGACUCGUGCAGAUGUCCGGCAAGGAUUGUUAGGUGACUGCUGGUUUCUAUGUUCUAUCGCGUCCCUGACUCUAAAUGAAGACUGUCUCCGCCGUGUUGUCCCCAUGGACCAGAGCUUUGACGCUAACUAUGCAGGAAUCUUUCACUUUAAGUUCUGGCAGUACGGCGAGUGGGUGGAUGUCGUCGUGGACGAUCGGCUGCCUACUAAGGAAAACAAGCUGGUGUUCGUCAAGUCCACUUCAGCUAACGAGUUCUGGAGUGCCCUCCUGGAGAAGGCCUAUGCCAAGUUGAACGGUUCAUAUGAAGCACUCAAUAGAGGUUUACCAUUAGAAGCUCUAGAGGACUUCACUGGUGGGAUUGGUGAACUGUAUUAUUUAGAAGAUGCUCCACAGAAUUUGUUUCAGAUAAUCCAAAAAGCCUUGAGACGGAAUUCGCUGGUCACAUGUAGCACAACAUCGGACUCUGGAACAGGAGAGAUCGUUGUCAGCACCAACCUAGUCGAGAACCAUGCGUAUUCACUGACCGGAGCAGAAGAAGUCGUCUAUCGUGGUGGAACGGCCCAGAUUGUGAGGGUGAGGAAUCCCUGGGGUCAUAAAGAGUGGAACGGAGCCUGGAGUGAUAGUGCGCCAGAAUGGGAUGAGAUUGACCGAAAGGUGAAAGCCGAUCUUAAAACUGAGUGUGACGAUGGUGAAGCCUGGAUGCCAUUUUCUUCCUUUCUUGCUGAAUUUUAUCGAAUGGAAAUAUGUCAUCUAACUCUGGACAACGUAUGCUGCAAUGAAAACCAUAAGUGGUGCCUAACAGAAUUCUCAGGCUCCUGGACCGCUGGAUUCUCUGCAGGAGGAUGCAAGGGCCACCCAAACUUUUGGACCAACCCUCAGUUCUGGAUCACACUGGAGGAACCUGAUGAGGAUGACACGGAGAUUACAGAUACACCAUUGUGUACAGUCAUUGUGAGCCUAAUGCAGAAGGAUCGAAGAAGGAAGAUACCUGAAGGAGGAUGUUUGUAUGACAUUGCAUACUAUAUAUACAAGACGCCAUCCAAUGUUCAAAUGGGGAUAGAUUUCUUCACGAAAAACAAAGACGUUGCUCGAGCCGAUAAGUUCAAAAACCACCGCGAGGUGUGCAAACGUUUCCAGCUCCCGGUCGGAAACUACAUGAUUGUGCCGACAACGUAUAAUCCCUCUGAAGAGGCCGAUUUCUGUCUACGUGUCUUCACAGAGAAAAGAGCUGAACCUUCAGAAAUUGGUAAUAUGGUGGAUGCUAAACUAUAUGAGCCUUUAGUGAAUUCAAGCCCAGAUACCGAGGCCCAGAAUGGAGCAGAGGAGCAGCAUGAAGAGAAAGCUGAAUUCAAAGCUGAGGAUCUAAAAAGUAUCUUAAAUAAGUUAUUAUCCAAACGUUAUAACAUCAAGUCAGAUGGAUUCAGUCUGAAAACUUGUAAAGAAAUGAUUAAUCUUCUGGAUGUGGACAAUACUGCGACCCUGAGCAAUGAAGAAGUCAGCAUUCUCCUGAAGAAGCUGGAACACUACAUGAAAAUCUUCCUGGAAGCCGACACCAACUUCUCUGGAUCCAUUGAUGCCCAUGAAAUGCGGAACGCCCUACAGAAAGCAGGUUUUAGCCUUAAUAACAGGAUUCAAGAAGUCAUCGUUCAGCGUUCCAUCUCCGCUAACUUGUCUAUUAACUUUGAAGACUUCAUUGCAUGUAUGAUACGUUUGGAGACCCUGUUUAAAAUGUUUAACAUUCUGGAUACUGAUGAAGAUGGAAUCAUCAAUCUAUCAUUAUCCGAGUGGAUCUGGACUGGAUUGAUUUAAAGAACAAAGAACAAGUAAUUGGAAACCAUAGCUGGAAUGGGGGCCCCUGUGACAGCAGAGAACAAGUUCAGUCUCAAACACACAUAUGUAUAAUGCACAUAUAUAGGGCGCCCCCUUAAGAAGAAUUCACAUGUGGUGGAAUAUUGCUGUAUAUACAUAUUAUAUGCAGAUUCUAUCCUUUCUCCAAAGGAAAAACAUGAAGCUUCUGACACCCAAUGUAAAAUCUGUACAAGCCCCACACCUACCAUGUGCCAUUUAUAUACUGGUGUCUUCUUAUGUGGCAGACAUGGCCUUAGGGUCUCCUCAGGCACCAGGACCAGGGUGCACCACUGUUUCCUCUUCACCCUCUCUAUACCUACAUCCCACAUAUUAGCUGCAGAUUUUAUCGUUUAUCCAGAGGCAAAACAUGAAUCUUCUGACACCCAAUGUAAAAUCUGUACAAGCCCCCCACCUACCAUGUGCCAUUUAUAUACUGGUGUCUUCUUAUGUGGCAGACAUGGCCUUAGGGUCUCCUCAGGCACCAGGACCAGGGUGCACCACUGUUUCUUCUGCACCCUCUAUACCUAUACCCCAGGUCAGGGGCUAAGUGAUUCAAAUUCUCCAAGUGGUCAUUCAAUGCACUACCAUAGUAUCUUAUAAUAUUUCAAUUAACACAUUUUAAUAAAAAUAUGAUUCUAUGUAACUACAUC